AUGGCUGCCACUCUCUUCCAGCUCACAGCCAUCCUUCUCACCCUUACCCUCCCUCUAACAUUACUAGCCUCCCCCUCUCCAAUGGCCUCUCUAAUUGCUGCCGAUGCUGAAGACUAUGAGGAGUACGUAAUUGACACUCCAUUAGUCAACACCGGAUCCUUAAGAGGGCGAUUUAUGGCGAGUAUCAUAAAGAAAGGUACACACUGUGAAGUUAGUAACAACAUAUGCAAUGGGAUUUCGGCAAAUGAUGGUGCUAGCCUCCUUUUUUGCUGUAAGAAGCAUUGUCGAAAUGUCCUUCGAGAUAGGAACAACUGCGGGAGGUGCGGCCACAAAUGUGGUUUUGGCCAACUUUGUUGUGGGGGUAAAUGCACCAACGUUGGUUUUGAUGCACUUCAUUGCGGCAAGUGCAACAAAGCAUGCGGUUCGGGAGUUAAAUGCGAGAAAGGUUCUUGUGGAUAUGCUUCAUGA